UAAGCAAACAGUAAAUGACGACAUGAGCAUGAUUUUGUAAAUGUUGGUGGAGGGUGGAGUGAGUGACCAUUUUAAAGCAGCGCGAGAAAGCGGAAGGUUCUCUAUAAUCGUUCACUGCUUCAUAACAACUUUAUAACGCGUUAGGAAUCAAAAUAUCAAGCAGGAUGGAGGGAGGAAUGAAAUGCGUGAAGUUCCUGGUUUUUUUCUUCAACUUUAUCUUCUGGCUAUGUGGCCUGGCUCUCAUCAUAGUGGGCAUUUUGGCGCAGACCAACAUGACCAUGAUUAAGCAGGUGGCCAGUAAUGCAUCCCCCAUCGUGAUCAUCGUGGUAGGAGUCGUGAUCUUCUUCAUCGCCUUCUGCGGCUGCUGUGGAGCGUGGAAAGAGAACUACUGCAUGGUCACUACGUUUGUCAUCCUGCUCUCCAUCAUCUUCAUCGUGGAAAUCGGAAUAGCCAUCGCUGCAUAUGUCUUGAGAAGCAAGCUGACCAAUCUGGUGGACGACGGCCUGAAGGAAGCGAUCAAAAACUACUCACAACCGGAGGUUCAGAAAGAAUUGGACAACGUACAGGAACAGCUGAAAUGCUGUGGAGCAGUGAACUCUAGCGACUGGGUGGGCUUCAAGGGCGUCCAAAACUCCGUCCCGGACUCGUGCUGCAAGAACAAAACAACGAACUGUGGAAACGGAGCCAUGAAUAAUAGCACCAUUAUCUACAUCGAGGGUUGUGGGUCUAUUCUGGAGAACUUCCUCAAGAAGAACAUUCUCUGGGUUGGAGUAGCAGCUCUCGUCAUUGCCUUCAUUGAGAUCUUGGGUAUUGUGUUCGCCUGUACGCUGAUGAGGGGGAUCCGUAAAGGCUACGAGGUGAUGUGAUCCCGUGGUCAAACUUCAGAGGAAUCACUUUUUACACUCCAGUUAAACACUUCAGAUUUGUAAAUGUCUUCCUGUAGCCAGUAAAAAAAAAUAUGUACCUAUAUGCAAAAUGAAAUCUUGUUUUUUAAUCUUAGAUGGUGAGAAAAAGCUGGAUUACUGUCUGUCUUUUUCUUUAUUAAGUCUCAUAUAUUUGUACUUUAGUCACAAACUUCUUCACAGACUUCUUCUUUUAGUUGGAGAUUGUACUUUUAUACUCCCACAUCUUGUGUAUUUUAUUAUCCACUUUUUAAAGGCGAAAUGCUUUACGGACUUUGGAAUGAGCAACGAAUAAACCUUAAAGUAAAUAAAGUUUCCACCCAAAAUACCGGUGUCGGGUUUUGGCCUCGAUUUACAGACGUUUUCACACAUCGACGAUUUGGAAGCGGUUUGAAUAGAAUUUCACUAAUAAGUGAAGCAUUGUAAAUCAUUUCUAGAGAGCUGUAUUUUUUCCACACGUUACCUUAUUGUCUUAUAUUAUUCCAUGAGUUUGAAUCAGAACAAAAAUGACCAUUUUGUUUGUCACAAGAAUUCAAUGAUGAAGCAUUCAUGUAAAUAAAUAAAUAAAUAAAUAAAUAAAUAAAUAA